AUGAUACAUAAUUCUUGUUCAACAACAACGACAACUAAUGAAAAUUUAACGGGAACAUUUGAGCAUGAUAAUAAGACGAGUGCGUUUCUCAAUUUUGCCACAACUGGUACAUCUAAUAAUAUAACAGCAAUUCCCUUAUCAUCUGCUACAUCUACAAAUGAAUCAUUAUCAUCAGCGUCGGCGUCUCAUUAUUCAACAUUUACACAUCGAACAAGUCUUUAUCAUUCGGAUGGACCUUCAAAUGGUGAUGGACAUCAUCAUAGUACGGAUACAUUUUAUAAUACAAUGUCACAAACACGCCCAUUUUCAGUCUAUCCGUUUUCAUCAGUAACAAAUCCAUAUGCAUCAUCACAUCCCUAUUCAAUGUCAACAUUGCCCUAUGCUUCAUUGAAUCUUGAUAGUGACGAUAAAUGUCGAUUUGAUGAGCAUGGACCAAAAUUAACAGCAAAAGGAAAAAAAAUUCGAAAACCACGAACAAUAUAUUCCAGUAUGCAAUUGCAAGUGUUAAAUAAACGAUUUCAGCGAACACAAUAUUUAGCAUUGCCUGAGCGAGCAGAAUUGGCUGCUUCUUUGGGUCUGACACAAACACAAGUGAAAAUAUGGUUUCAAAAUAAACGAUCGAAACACAAGAAAUUAUUUAAAAAUGUUAGUCAUCAUAAUUCCUCCUCCUCAUCAUCAAUUUUAUCAGCACAAAAUAAAAUUUCAUCAAAUAAGUAUGAAAAACAUGAUAAUUCUAUGUUUUUAGUAAAACAAGAAUGUUCACUAACCAUCAGUCCACAACCAUCAGCAACAUCGUCAACACAAAACAAAUUUAUUACUCCUCGAUCACAUUCAAAUACUAGUAAUUCAGAUGAAAUUGAUCCUCAUCAGCAACAGCAAACCUAUCUUCUUCAAUCUCGUUUAAAACCUACAUGUACUAAUAUUAACAGUAAUAAUAUAAUAGAACUAACAAAUAAUCAUCAAUAUUAUGCUAAUAUGAAACCAAUCGCAACGAGCAGUAACAACAUACCAGGUGUAAAACUAAAUUCAAUGAUGAAUAAUAAUUCAUAUCCAUUUCAUCAAAUGUCAGUACCGUGGCCACCACCGAGUAUGCUUUACAUGGGUAGUACAACGGCACAUUAA